AUGGAACGGGAAAAGAAUAGGGAAGUAGAGACUCCUCCAGAUGCGUCUACUAAACCAGAGUCUAACAUGAAGGAACAAGUAAACAAAAAUAAAUCAGGCACUUCUGCUGAGGCAUCUAUGAAACCAGAUUCUAUCAAGAAGGAAGCAGAAGUUCCUGCAGAGGCAUAUACUGGACCGGAGUCAUCAAGAAAGAAAACCCCAAAAUCAUUAAAGGCCAAAUCUAAAAUUACAAAGGAGUCUCUUGAUAGUAACUUCUUGAACUCCAGAAAAGAUAAAGGUGGUCGACAGGCUCGGUGGAGACAAAGAAAGAAGAAUAAGGGCAUGCUGAAGGGCAACACAGAAAGCAGCAAUAAUGGAGAAGAUUUAAGGCUAAAGUCUAGAGAAGAAGGCAAAGAGAAGAAUAUCAUAGAUGAAGAGCAUAAAAAUAAGAGCAAUCAACCUAAAAGGAACCAAAAGCCAAUCAUUGAGUUGGGAAAGCACAAACAAAGAAAGAGAAAUGGAGGAAAGCAUGGCUCAGCAGUCAGUAGAAUUAUGAGUCAAAAGAAUGAAGAAACACAUGAUGGCCCCAGAAAAGGCCAACAUGAUGAGAAGAAAGAAAAAAUCAGUGAAAUGCAAAAGAAGAGGAAGAAUAAACAGUACCUGAACAAUGUAGUGGCUUUCAGAAUCGACGACGAGAGAAGUGUGGUUGCUGGGCAAAUUUCUGGUUUUGGCGCUGGCAGGAUGUUUUCUACCGAUUCUGGGUUUGAAAUGGGUUUCCCACGGCGUUAA